AUGCUUUUCAAAUCAAUGAAACCAGGUGUUGGCACGUGGCAGAGUAUGUCGGUUGACCCGAACUGUGUAUGUGAGGGAGGAUUUGGGGAAGUAACUAGUAUCGUCAAAAGCCCACUAUUGUAUGGGGCAGGAAUGGGCGUACUUCCGGGCCUGAGUCAUCAGGACACCGCUAUUUUGGCGGGAAUUCUCACUGGUCUUGCAACCUUCCUUUUUCUGGCUAUCCCGAUCCUCUGUUGCCUCUGUCCAUUCCCUUGUCUUUGUUGUGGAGGAGCUGGCGGUAAAGGGAGCAAGGCGAUGGCCGCAGCAGCGGGUGGCGCCACCAAGCGGAAGGAGAAACACAUGCAUGAUGGUAUUAGUGGCCGCAGUACUGACGUGGAGUCAAUUAUGAGCUUCCGGUCUUUCGAUAAGAAUUGGGACAAGCUGGACAAAGUGGACUACGACAACUUGUAUGAAGUGGAUAUGAAAUUACCACGUGUCUGGCUGGAGACAUUAAGAGGUGUCCCGGAUGAUCAGAUUGACAGCCGUCUACAAGAACUAGAGGCCACAAAUUGGCAGGGAACUGACAUGCAUAGAAGUGAAGGUCGUCACGGCGGGCACGAGGAAGGACGAGACAUGCAGACCCUGGAGAGGAACAUGACGAUGGAAACCUCGGGUGGUUACGGAACUGGCGGUGGACACGGACAAGUGUUCUCUACGUCUACUUCCGGUCGGGAUGGCGGACAAGUGUUCUCUACGUCUACUUCCGGUCGGGAUGGCGGACAAGUGUUGGAAUGGGAGACAACUCGACAGAUCAACAUAGCAGCAUCUGAACUUCCAGAACAGGAGUAUAUAUACGAACGGGAAUUCCGGCAGGAAAUGAAUGGCAUGGAGCGGGACAAUUUUAUGAAGAUUUAUCAGACGUAUCGCCGCAUGCUUGACGAUAGUAAGCAGACCGCAUUUUAA